CCCCCUCUGUCUGUUUCUCUUUCUCCCUCCCUCUGUCUGUCUCUCUAUCUCUCUCUCUCCCUCCCUCUGUCUGUCUGCCUGCCACUCUCUCUCUCUCCCUCUGUCUGUCUGCCUGUCACUCUCUCCCUCCCUCUGUCUGUCUCUCUAUCUCUCUCUCUCCCUCCCUCUGUCUGUCUGCCUGUCACUCUCUCUCUCCCUCUUCCUGCCUGCCUGUCACUCUCUCCCUCCCUCUGUCUGUCUGCCUGUCACUCUCUCUCUCUCCCUCUGUCUGUCUGCCUGUCACUCUCUCUCUCUCUCUCUGUCCACCUGUAUCUUAAUGUGUUUGAAACCCUCAGCUGUGUUUUUAAAGUAUUGAACUACAUGCUGAUAUUGUAUUUUUAGCAUGUACAUGAACCUGUUCUUAGCAUGUUACUAACAUUUUACACUACAUGUUGUUAGUGUUAUGGCAACAAAUAGAAGAUGAAAAUCUGGCUCAACCUUGUAACCAGAUCGUAAAUGAGGACGCCAACCAUGAAUUGAGUUCAAUCAGACGUUAAACUUUAUUUUCAAAAUGUAAAUGUAAAUAAUCAAAUAAUCAAAGGAUGAGGAAGGGUCCACAAGGACUUGAGGACCCUUCCUCCCCUGACUAAGAGACCAAGAUGCACCUGGAUGGAUGUUCAGAAGGAUCAACUUCCUGUUCUGAACUCAACACGAGUCAAACAGAAACUUAGUGAUCAGUGAAUGAAGCUCAGUCCCAUGUGAGGAUCCUCUCCCAGGACACACACAUGCUGAUGGAACUGAACACAACAACACAACAACAGGAUUCACUACAUGAGAAGAACCAGUUUGUAACUUCAUGUGUAAAGUGUUUAUACGUCAUGUGUUAUGGAGCUGAUGAACUGAGGAGUUCCUGAUGGUACAAGAUGUGAGGAGACAUGUUGUGUAUCAAGAAGUCUGGUUGUCAUCAUAGUCCAUGUGUUAUCGAGAUGUUAGCGUGUUGAACUACAUGUUGUCAGCUUGUUUUUAACUUGUGCGUUAACAUGUUGUUGGCAUGUGACUCUGAACACCGUGACAGACUGUGAACUAAAUCUGAUCAGAUUACCAGCCUGCCGCUCGCUCUGUGUCUCAGUGUCUCGCCUGCUGCAGAGCAGAUGGUCUCGACUUGUCAUGAAGCUUUAACUUGAAAAUACAUUUUCAAUUGGGAUCUUUAUCAUCGUCAGAGGUCGUGUUGAUCCUGAAGACAGACAGGAUGAUGGUGAACGAUCGAUGGACCAUCAUGAACAACAGCAGUUCAGAGCUCGACAGCAAGCGGCCGAACAGACACAAGUGCUGCAGCUUCCUGUUGUGGUCCAUCAUCGUGUUGAUGGUCACAGCAGCCAUCGUCACAGCGACAGUCACCAUCCUGUACCUGAACCAGUUUCCUCUCCCGUUCAUCAGCAGGGGCGGAGUCUCCUCCUCACCUGUGAUUUCAACCAAUUCCAAAGAGUCUGGCGCCCUGGUGACAGUGUCACGUGUCACAGCAGGAGAACCAAUCAGUAUCUUCCUGGACCCCAACUGUCCGGACUACAGUGAGAGCCUCCUGCGGUGGGAAGCACUGCAAAGCUCUGUGCUACGAGCCCUGACCAAUCACAACGCAGACGACUGGCAGGACAUAGGACCGGUCCAGAAGCUAGCCGAGGAGCUGAAGGUGUUAUCAGGCCACGCCCACAACCUGAGGGUGGAGGCUGAUUCCCUGAAAAGAGGUCAAGGAGUUCUGGACCAGCGCCUGGACGGACUGCAGAGCGAGCAGAGCCGCGUCCUGCAGGUGCUGACGGACGUUCACUCAGGUAUGUCCACGAUAACAACAGGUGUCAGUGAUUCUCUGCUCAGCCUGCAGAGGGACACUGAGAGUCUGAGGAGACUGAAGGCAGAGCUGCACAGACACAAUGACGACAGAGCGGUCAGACCCAGAGACUGCAGUGAUGUCAUGGCGUCGGGCGUCUCUCAGGACGGAGUUUAUUCUGUUUUUCCGACACAUGACCCCGACGGCUUCAUGGUCUACUGUGACAUGACAACUGACGGAGGAGGGUGGACGGUGAUCCAGAGGAGGCAGGAUGGCUCCGUGAACUUCUUCAGAGGCUGGGACGCAUACAGAGACGGCUUCGGACAAACAACAGGAGAACAUUGGCUGGGUCUACAGAGGAUCUACUCCCUCACCAGGUCAGGUGGUGUAGAGUUACGUAUCGACAUGGCUGACUUUGAUAACGCCACCGCGUUCGCUCGUUACGCCGAUUUUUCUGUCGGUCGAGACUCAGUGAAUCCAGAGGAGGACGGAUACCCGCUGACCGUCGACCAGUUCUCUGGAACAGCAGGUGACGCCCUCCUGAAGCACUCUGGAAUGCGGUUCACCACCAAAGACAGGGACCAGGACCAGUCGGAGAACAACUGUGCAGCGUACUACCAGGGGGCGUGGUGGUACCGUAACUGUCACACCUCCAACCUGAACGGCCAAUACCUGAGAGGAGGCCACACCUCCUACGCUGACGGUGUGGAGUGGUCGAGCUGGACGGGCUGGCAGUACUCGCUCCGCUUCACCGAGAUGAAGAUCCGGCCCAAUGCCAGACCAGAGUCCUGAACUCUGACCCUGAACCUGGACUCUCUCACCUCCGAGUCUUGAACCUGGACUCUGACUCGCGACAAACCUGUGGGUUAAUGUUUAACUGAUGAUGGAGGAUUAGAAACACUUUAAAGACAGCUAAAGUUGUAAUUGUUUGAGAAUAAAGUUGUUGACUGCGAAUGUAACAAUUGUUUCAGUUGAUCUUCUAAGAAGUUUCAUAAUUUCUCCAGAAACAAUCAGAUUGUCAAGAGUUUGGGUUCAGAAGAAGUGGAACUCCAGAGAGAAAGUUAUUUUGUAUUUUUCUCAUAUUAUUCCAACACUCUGUCGUAUUUAUUAUUCAUUAUCCUUGUAAAAAUCAUUUGUGUUAAAACACUGAAUUUAUUUAUUCCCUGAUCUUUUCUGUAAAAAUUCGAACCCGUUUUGUUCAAAGAAGUUUGUCCAGCAGGUAGAGCUGUUUUCAGAUUAAACUUUCAGCUUCAUAUUU